AGCUUUAAUCGGUUUGUACCAGGGAGAGAGAGAGAGAGAGGGGAAGGGAAGAGAGAGAGAGACUCCGUGACCGGAACGCGCUCUGCUGCACGCGGACUUCGGUAUUUUUCUACCUACAGACGUCGCAUCGUCCGCCGCUGCGUGACACGCGCGGUGUGUGUCUGUUUGAACCGGGAGUCUCUCCGCCUGUCUGUCGGUAUUUUUUAAAGUCACUGUUGCUUCUCGUCAGUCCCGGUGUGCUUAUACUUUCACCUGUACCGGAUGUGAGGAUGAUCUGCAGACCUCCGUGAGGACCUGAGAGCUGCAGCCGGUGGAGGGAGCCGACAUACAGGACGUGACCGGACCGGAGAGAGUCGGCGGUCCCGCCGUUUGACGCGCAGUUUACCGGGACAGAAGCCGGAGACGCUCCGCUGGUGGUGAUGUCAUCAUGAUGUUGCCAGUCUCGAGGUUUAAAGGUCACCAGCCUGUUGGCAUGGUAACCACCACUGCAAUGCCCUGGUUGUCCAUCAACAGUGAACCUGCCCCCCACUGGCUGUGGUUGGCCAGCUGGUCUGGGGCAGCAUACCAGGCCACACCCCCUCUGGUCUUCUACCCUCCAGCUGUGUGGAUACCUGAACACACACACCUGAUGCCUGAACACGCACACCUGAUACAGUGGGAACGUCCAGCUGUUGAAGUCGUUCCUGUCCUCCCUCCAUUCUAUCGCUCUUCACCUCUUCAUCCUCUUCAUCCUCUCCCCAAGUUGACCGAAGGCUGGAUCUCACCUGAGGAAGUGGGCGUGUUCCAGAGGCGAGACAAACACCUCCGACUGACCAAUCAGAUCAUCCAGAGGCCAGGUGGACACGCCCUCAGGACCCAUCUGCUGCUGUCUCCUUCUCGACUCUCAGGUCGUGUGAGAAGAGACACUACAAAGACCAGAGAGACUGAGCCAGAAGACUCCUCUUCUUCCUCUUCAUCCUCCUCACUGCACCUCCUCUCUGUGUCUCCUCUACAUCAGCCUCUCCACUCUGCUCCUCCUCCUACAGGUGGAGCUUACCAGAAGUGGGCGGGGCUUCACACACAGCGAGACAAGGAGGCGUGGCCUCUCAUUCUAAUCAAUCAACGGUGCAGAGGGGCAUGGCUACGGCCAAUCGUCAGCCUGGAGAGAAGACUGUGUUCACCAAUACAGCAGUGUAUGUUUGGACCUGUCUCACCCUCUCAGCUCUGCAUUGAUAAGUGGCCUGUCGUACCUUUCCAGGUCAUGAAGGACGUUCCUCCUUCUUUCUUCUCCUCACGGUUUUCUUCUAGAUUCACUCUGCUGACCAACUACAGACGCCAGAAGCGAGGGAUAGGUGGAGGUAAAGUCUCCUAUGGAGGAGCAUUGCUGCUGAGGACAAACAGAGCGACGGAAGAGAACAAACAGUGUGUUAGUGUGUCUUUAGACAGAGGAGAGGAGGAAGAUGAGGAGGAGGGAGGUGAACGAGGGAGAAAAGACAAACGUCCUGUCGCAUCCACUCCUGUCCCGGGAUCGCCAUGGUGUGUGGUGUGGACUGGAGAUGACCGGGUCUUCUUCUUCAAUCCCACAAUGCACCUGUCUGUCUGGGAGAGACCAGGGGAGCUGAUUGGCAGAGACAUCAGCCAGAUCAUCGAGGACCCGCCCCAUAAGAGGAAGAAAACGACACCUGAUGAUAACAGCUCCAGCUGUCAUUCAUCUGGUCUCCAUGGAGAUGAUGAAGAAGAUGAACACAACUCCAAGAGGAACAGAACGGAGGAGUCGAUGUCUCUCGUCCCUCGUCCAGGAGACGUCAAGCUCCUCCCACUGGAGCUCCGCAUCACUCAUUUUAGGGAAAUGAUGCUGGAGAGAGGGGUGUCGGCGUUCUCCACCUGGGAGAAGGAGCUCCAUAAGAUGGUGUUUGACCCUCGAUACCUUCUGCUGACCUCAGACCAGCGAAAACAGGUGUUUGAUCAAUUUGUAAAGAGCAGGGUGAAGGACGAGUACAAAGAGAAGAAGAGUAAACUCCAUAAAGCUCGAGAGGAGUUCAAACAGCUGCUGGAUGAGGCGAAGAUCACCAGCAGGGCCAAUAAUGCAGAAAUCAAAGAACAGUUUGAUGUGAAGAACUCAUGUCAGAUGGAACCUGAUAGUUCUACAGUCACGAAAUGUUGGACAUUAAAUAAAUUAUUUUCUUUUCCAGCAUUAAAAUGCUGAAUGCUUUCAAAGCUUCUCCACCCUGCAGGGAUUCAUUUAAUUUUUGACCAAAACGUUGUCAAAUUUAAACAAAACAAGUCACUGCAGAUUAUAACAAUAAUGAAGUUCCAGGUUUGUGAAAUACACAGAUUUCUUGAAACAAUAUGGAGGACACGGUCAGUUUCCUUUAUUCCGAAAUCAUCUUAAAUACGAUGAGAUCAGUCAUGUGACAGUCAUUUGUGUCACAUGUUCAUUGAUAGUCCCCAGAGGAUGAUCUCAUUGGUUCAGCCUGGAUAGAGGCGGAGCUAUCUGUUGUCUGUAAACCAGAUUCACUCUGGAUUCUCCUUCAUGUCUGAUGUGUUUUUAUUGACGUGUUUGUUUUCAGGACGCUGCUGUAAAUAAACAAGCAACAACAUUUUCUAAAGACCACCGUGACUCUGAGUGAUGUACAGUAAACCCCGCCCCCCCCGUCACCUGUCAGCACUACGCUGAGCUGUGAUUGGACAGAUCCUCAUGUUGACAGUUCUUAUGAAAGUGUCCUGAUGUUUUGAUUGGAUGUUUUCUUUUAGCGUCCUGACUUCUCAUUGGACAGUGUCUGUGUGUUGAAAUGAU